AUGAUGAAUAAAUUGGCACUUGAAGCCGUUGACAGAACCUUUCAAGAUUUAAUAAGUUUGAAUGCACCUUCAUCUUGUGAUAUUCCUUUUGGUGGUAAGGUUGUUGUUCUUGGUGGUGAUUUUAGGCAAGUGUUACCAGUUAUUCCAAAAGGGACUCGUGCUGAAAUAGUUAUGGCCUCAAUUAAUUCUUUGAUUCUUUGGAAAUAUUGUUCUUGUGGGGUUCAAAAAGAGGAUGAAAUUAUUGUUGAUAUUCCAAGUGAUUUGCUUAUUUCUCCGACUGAUAAUCCUAUUCAAGAUAUUGUUUCAGCUAUAUAUUCAGAUAUUCAUGUCAACCAUGACAAUGCUCUGUAUUUUCAAGAACGUGUCAUAGUUGCCCCUACUGUUGAUAUUGUACAGCAGAUAAAUGAUUUUGUUGUUGAUACUAUUCCUGGAUUAGAAAAUAUUACGUGUUCGGGAAUACCGAAACAUGUUCUUAAAUUGAAAAAAGGUGCUCCUAUUAUUUUGCUAAGGAACAUUGAUCAGGAAAAUGGAUUGUGUAAUGGAACUCGACUUAUUGUUCAAGAUCUUGGAGAUAACAUUAUUGGUGCUGAGGUUGUUUCUGAAAGUAACGUUGGAGACAAAGUUUUUAUUCCUCGGAUGAAUUUGGUACCGAGUGAUCCUGGCAAUGCAUUUCAUGUUUCUCAACAAUUCUCGAAUAGACCCAAAAAGGCUACGCGUCCUCUCGGUUCUGAUCAUGGUGGCGAUGAAGAUCUUCUCUCUCCAAUCUGGUACUCUAUUUAG